CUUCGACACUGAACUUCCGCGAUGACCCGUGAAUGGAAUCGACUUAGUCAACCGAUUCUCUUGCCAAGCCAUGACUCGUCCCAACUGAACCAGGUGAGGCUGUUGCAAGGAUACCUGUCAUUGUUUGGCAAUUUGCAGGACAUUCACUCAGAUGAGCAGGGACAAUGCUAAGUGGGAGCCAUUGUGAUACAUUAGGUCCCAGUGCCGUUCAAAGAGGUGGCAGCCGGAUGCGAGUGGAUGGAUGUUGAUGGAAGCUUGAAGCCGCUGUAUCCAUAUUGACCUUAGAAGGUAAAUAUCAAAUAGUGGGGGGCCGCUGUUUGGGAGCAAACCUGGACACUGUGAAACUUGGGGGGCAUCGCUGGAGUGCGCACAACCUGGAACCUAAAUUGGUAGCCCUCCACCACGAACGGCGACACCAUCUUUUUUUCCCCCCUUUUCUGCUGCCCAACCUUGCUGCUGGAAACCUGAUCCACCGCAACAACCUUUUGCGCAGGCCGUCCAGAAGAAGCACAUAAACCGUUCCACUUCUUAGAAAUCCUUCCCUCACGCUAGAUUUUACCAGACAUCGCUCUUUUGCAGUACAGCAAAUAACAACACCAUCAACAUGCCUGGACCAAACAAGCGGUGGGACGAUGAAGAGGAGGAGUCUAGCUCCGGCACCGAGGCCCCAACCACCGCUGCCCCCGUCGGCCGCCGCAAGUUCGACGAUGAGGAGGCCGAGGACAGCGAUGUCCUAGACUCCUGGGACGCCGCCGAGGACUCCGAGGUAGAGCGCGAGAAGGCAAAGAAGGCUGCCGAAGCCAAGGCCAAGGCCGAAGCCGAAGCCGCUGCCAACAAGAAGAGCAAGGCCCAGCGCAUCGCCGAGCGCCAGGCCGAGCGCGCCCGCCAGCUCGCGGAGGAAUCCGAGAGCGACGGCGAAACCGAGGCCCAGAAGCGUGAGCGUCUCCGUCGCACCGAGAAGGAAGCCGAUCUUGCCCACGCCCAGGAUCUCUUUGGCGCCAUCGGCAUCAGCAGCGGCCGCAAGGCCAACGCCUCCGCCAGCGUUGUCCAGCUCCCCGGAAGCGACCCCAACAACACCAUCGAUCUCUCGACCCUGCCAAUCUUCAACCCACUCACCAAGGGCCAGUUCGAGACCCUCCGCAACGCGACAGCUCCUCUCCUCGCCUCCAACGCCAAGAAGGCCCACUUCGUCAACUUUGCCCAAGAGUACUUCAAGCAGAUCAUCAAGGACUGCAAGUCUGACGAGAUCAAGAAGGUCGCUAGCGCCCUGACAGCCCUCAGCAACGAGAAGCUGAAGGAGGAGAAGGCGGCCGAGAAGGGCGGCAAGAAGACCAAGGCUGCCAAGACCAAGACCUCUCUGGCGGGUGUGUCCCGUGGCGGUGGUGUUGCUCAAGAUACCGCUACCUACGAUGAUGAUGAGGCCUUUGGAGAUGAUGACUUUAUGUGAAAGCUCCCCCGAAUGAAUGAGCAGCCUGCCGCUUCAUUCCGCCAUCGUCACAGACUUUGACAUUCAAUGCCAGGCGAGAGAUUGGGCUUUGGGACACAAGAAGCUCAAUAGGGUUACCUGGCAGAUGGAAAACCUGCGCACUGGAGAAGCCGGGCCAGAACAUGAUGGGAGAUGCUGCCGACCCCUAUCCACCGCGUCAAGGCCGGGGAGAGUUUGGCAUGUACAGUACAACAAAAUUUGGAAUGGGCCUGGGAGUGUAGCUCGGGAGGGAAUUUGUCAUUCAGCCAGCGGCUAGUUCAGUACGAGAGAGCGGCGGUAUUGAAGGCGUUUGGAUGGUUAUCUAGACAGCCAGAACGAACAUAGAUCAGCGGAGCAAUGGGGAAAUAUCAAGAUAGCUCAAAAUCUGUGAAGCAAGAGGUGGUAU